CGUCACUGCGAACAGGCAGCGGGCAGCCAUAGCGAUCCAAGAAGUAAGCAUAGACAUGGAGGCCGUAGGCGGCUAGAUUUUGUAAGAAGAGUGUUAGGCCAAUACACUUAAGCCACAACGCUUGAGAACUACCUCUUGUACAAAGACAGAAUCUUCUUAAGACCAGUCUGUUAUCUUUAACUAGACACUUCUUUGGAUAUUGUGGGUGAGUUGAGUAGCAUCGAGUAGCAGGAAAGAUGACUGUGGACCUGGGCGCCAUUUAGCUAACGUUGGCCAGCUAAUACUGCUGAAUAACAGAUAUUCGAAAAGGGGAAUCGACUACAGUGCGCUCCGCGGUGUCGCCAUGGCUGCGGACAUCGGCUCCCCGCCGCGCUUCUUCCACAUGCCGCGCUUCCAGCACCAGGCGCCACGGCAGCUCUUCUACAAGCGGCCCGACUUCGCCCAGCAGCAGGCCAUGCAGCAGCUCACCUUCGACGGCAAGCGCAUGAGGAAGGCCGUCAACCGCAAGACCAUCGACUACAACCCGUCCGUCAUCAGCUACCUGGAGAACCGCCUGUGGCAGCGGGACCAUCGGGACUUCCGCGCCAUACAGCCCGACGCAGGCUGCUACAAUGACCUGGUUCCUCCAGUGGGGAUGCUGAGUAAUCCCAUGAACGCCGUCACCACAAAGUUUGUCAGAACGUCCACCAACAAAGUCAAAUGCCCCGUCUUUGUAGUGAGGUGGACGCCGGAAGGCAGGCGUUUGGUGACGGGUGCCUCUAGUGGAGAGUUCACCUUGUGGAAUGGGCUCACUUUCAAUUUUGAAACCAUUCUUCAGGCUCACGACAGCCCCGUCCGCGCCAUGACCUGGUCCCACAACGACAUGUGGAUGCUGACUGCCGACCACGGGGGCUACGUCAAGUACUGGCAGUCCAACAUGAACAACGUCAAGAUGUUCCAGGCGCACAAGGAGGCGAUUAGAGAGGCCAGUUUCUCUCCCACGGAUAAUAAAUUUGCCACUUGCUCCGACGAUGGAACCGUCCGCAUCUGGGACUUUCUGCGAUGUCACGAAGAGAGGAUCCUGAGAGGACAUGGCGCGGACGUGAAGUGUGUGGACUGGCAUCCCACCAAGGGCCUGGUGGUGUCUGGCAGCAAGGACAGCCAGCAGCCAAUCAAAUUCUGGGACCCAAAGACGGGACAGAGUCUGGCCACACUACACGCCCACAAAAACACAGUGAUGGAGGUCAAGUGGAACCUGAAUGGCAAUUGGCUGCUGACCGCGUCACGUGACCACUUGUGCAAGCUGUUUGACAUCAGGAACUUGAAGGAGGAGCUGCAGGUCUUCAGAGGACAUAAAAAGGAGGCCACAGCCGUUGCCUGGCACCCCGUCCACGAAGGCCUGUUUGCCAGCGGGGGCUCGGAUGGAUCCCUCCUCUUCUGGAACGCUGGCGUGGAGAAGGAGGUGGGGGGUAUGGAGAUGGCACACGAGGGGAUGAUCUGGAGUUUGGCCUGGCACCCCCUCGGACACAUCCUGUGCUCUGGAUCCAACGACCACACCAGUAAAUUCUGGACCCGCAAUCGGCCCGGAGACAAGAUGAGAGAUCGAUACAACCUCAACCUGCUACCGGGGAUGUCCGAGGACGGUGUGGAGUAUGACGACAUGGAGCCCAACAGCCUGGCCUCCAUCCCCGGGAUGGGCAUUCCUGAGCAGCUGAAGGUUGCCAUGGAGCAGGAGCAGAGUGGUAAAGAUGAGGCGGAGGUGGAGAUGACUAUCCCUGGGCUGGACUGGGGUAUGGAGGAAGUGAUGCAGAAAGACCAAAAGAAAGUUCCACAGAAGAAGGUUCCCUAUGCCAAACCCAUCCCUGCCCAAUUCCAACAGGCCUGGGCAGAGAAUAAGGUGCCCACUCUGCCCCCUGGCGAGACGCCCAAGGAGAGGCCCGACCAGAAGAAGCCGGAUAUGAAGAAGAAGACCCAGGCCGAGAUUGAGCAGGAAAUGGCCACCCUGCAGUACACCAACCCGCUGUUGCUGGAGCAACUGAAGAUCGAGCGCAUGGCCCAGAAGCAGUCGGACCAGGGUUCGCAGCAGGCGGGCGCCCAGCAGGGGGCGAUGCAGCCCUUCCCGGGACAGGGGCCCAUGCCCCCGCCCCACCAGGGGUUCCCGCAGUCCCUCCCGCCCCAGCAGAUCCCGCACAACAUGCCGCACAUGGGGCCUGGGGGACUGCAGGGGCCCUUCAUUCCUCAGGGCCAGAUGGGCCCCCCGGGGCCCCAGCUUCACCAGGGCCCCCCUCAGGGUUUCAUGGGGCCCCCGGACCUGCACGGACCCCAGGGCAUGCAGAGGCACCCGGGGCCCCACAGGCACAUGGGGCCCCAGGGCGGCCAGGGAAUGCACGGCCCCCCGGGGAUGCCCCCGGCUGGGAGGGGGAUGCCGGGACCCCCACCGGGGGCCAUGCAGUGCCCCCCGGGGCCACCAGGGGGCAUGAUGGGGCCCCCAUCUCGAGGAAUGGGACCCAGGGAUAAUCAGGUGCCCCCGCCCCAAGGGGGGAUGAUGCACCCGGACACACGAGGACCGCCCCCCCAGAGGAACAUGAUGGGCCCCCAGGGGCCGCCCAUGCAAGGGGGGAUGAUGGGACCUCCAAUGCACGGCCCCCAGGGUCAACAGAACCCUCCCAGGACACAUGGGAACAUGCAGGGCCCUCCUGGAAACAUGCAGGGUCCCCCCGGCAACAUGCAGGGUCCCCCUGGCAACAUGCAAGGUCCCUCCGGCAGCAUGCAGGGUCCCCCCGGCAACAUGCAGGGCCCUCCCGGCAACAUGCAGGGCCCUCCCGGCAGCAUGCAGGGUCCCCCCGGCAACAUGCAGGGUCUCCCUGGCAACAUGCAGGGUCCCCCCGGCAACAUGCAGGGUCCCCCUGGCAACAUGGGACUUCCCCCGUACAUGCAACAAGGCAAAUCACCGCUCAUGGGUGAAGGAUCCAGGGGGCAGUAUAACCAGAUGGGGCAGAGUCCAGGGCCGCAGCCCAUGAUGCCCGGGAUGGGGCAGCAGGGACCCAACGGCAAAGGGGAAGCUCGCGGACCUCCCAACCACCACCUGGGGCCCCCUCCCGACCGCAGGGGGUCGGAGGGGCCCGGGGGCCCGGACCAGGGCUCCGACAGGGGCGGCCAGUACUGGGGAGACUCCCGCGAGGGGCGCCGCGGACCCCCCGACUACGAGGGCGGGGACGACCGGUACCACACUCGGGGCGAGGACGCCUGGAGGGGCCCCCUGCAGCAGCGGGUCCCCGGGCAGGAGUACCCGGGGGACUCCAGGGGCCACAGGGGUGGCUCUGCUGGGAAAUGGGAGCCCCACCGGGGCUCUGAGGACGCGCGAUUCAGGGGCCGGAGGGAGGACAGGUUCGACAGUUACGAGGGUCCCGGAGACGAUCUGGACCAGAGGCCGAGGGAGCAAAGGCGCCCUCCACACCCCCGGCACGGACAGGAUGCCGACGACACGUUUCGGCGGGUGGGGCCUGGCAGGCCUGAGGCUCGGGGGGGCCGCGGGUACGCAGACGAGUUUGGGGUGGAGGAGAGUUUCGACCCCGCAGAGGAGACAGGGAGGAGCUGGGACAGCAGCGGGAGAGGGAGGAGCCGCGGAGGAGGAGCGCGAGGAGGAGCGGGGGGCCGGAAAGGGCUGCUCCCCACCCCCGACGAGUUCCCCGCGCCCCAUUACGAAGGAGGAAGAAACUCCGAGAGCUGGGAGGGGGGGCGCGAUCAGGGGCAUGAGGCCUACAGGGACGCACCGCGGGCGGACCACGCCCCACGGGACAGCCCGUCCCCGGCCAGCAGGGAGCGCUCCUCCUCCCUGCAGGGCAUGGACAUGGCCUCCCUGCCGCCACGGAAACGGCCCUGGCACGACGGCCCGGGCACCACGGACCCCCGCGACCGAGACUCCCCCGGGGCAGGGUCCGACGACAGAGCGGCCGGACGCCCCUCACACAGGGAAGAGGGGGCCUACGGGGUGCCGUCCCGGGGCGGUCGAGGGAGCUGGGGGCGGGGCGGUGCCGCCGGGCCCGGGGGAGGGGGCGGCUCGGGCCCCACCACGCGGCGGGGUGCGGCUCGCGGAACGCGAGGGAGCCGCGCCCGAUAGGACUGGGACUGAACACACAGGGUGGGGGCGGGGAGGAGGGGAGGAGGGCACUGGAGUCCUCCACAGGGUGGCGCCAAGGAGCAGAGAGAGACUGCAGGGAGGCGGGACCGAGAGAGAGAGUGAGAGAGAGACUUCCGCCUGGUCGCGUGGCUUCGGGCUCCCGGGCGAAUCUGCCUUUGCGUCUGCGUUUGGACGAGCUCUGUGUGCCAGUGUGCGCCCACGCAUCUCUGCCACGGCACCAGUCCCAGCCUUUCGUCGGUCGCACCGAGGGUGUGGCACAGCGCCUGCCCCUAACCGUGGUCUCCUACCCCCCGGGGACAGCCUCGCGACUGACUGGGGGACCCGCUGGAGGCGCGGCAUUUUCACUCUGAUUGGUCACGUUCUGAAGGUGUGGCCUCCUAUCUCACUGGACACUGCCUGAAGGCGUGGUCUCCUCGCUGAUUGGUCGCAUUCCGAAGGCGUGGCCUCCUCAACACUGACUGGUCACAUUCUGAAGGUGUGGCCUUCCAAUAUUGGUCGGGCUCCCACCCCCUUCCACCACCCAGAUUGUAGGAAGUACGGCACCGCAAAGUAUCUGGAAAGAGGGACUGAUGGGAAAUGAAGUCCAGGUCUCCAUACACGUGCAACCACCUUCGUGUUCUACAUCUCACCUUUGAUCAUCAAACCCCUCAGCUAAUUUUUGCCCUGGAAUCCAGAUUUUGUUACCUGAGCCGUAGGAGCCCCCCCACCCUGGACUCCCCCCUUGUGUCGUCGGUUUACUGAAGAGGAGCCGAGCUUUGCUUUCCUCAGUGUGCUCCUCGCUUCGUACGGAAGAAGGGACGGACGGACGGACGGACGGACAGACGUGCGAGAGGACCCGCGAUCCCCUCGCCCCGGUCUGAAGACCCCUGCAGGGAUUCAUCUCUGGCCUGAGGGGGGUAAUUCUGAUCCCUGGAGGAAAGAGAGACCCAGCCAGCCUCCAGCAAGAGACAGUGUGCAAAUAAUGUGUGAACACCCGAAUCGUUGCUCUCAACCCCUGCUGCUCUGAGCGUAGACGCCGUCUGUGUCCCCAAAGAGUUAUGGAGCAGACAAACUGCCGGGAGGGGCUAGCCCGUCACUCACGGUAGAGUGGGUGGAGUCCGGCUCCUGCGUCACACAGAUCGGGUUGUUGAUGUACAGUAGUUUUUCCAAGAAUGGUAGUUUUUUUUUUUUUUUCGCCCUUCUCCUCCAUUCUGAUAAAAAAAAAAAAAAGUUUAAAAUGGGGUCUGCUUUUGUCCCCCCUCAGUCCUUAACUCCAUUUAUUUAAUUUCACUUUUAAUGUAAAAUGGGGGGGCGAAAUCAUUCUGUAACAUUACCAGGCGCCUUCGUGUACUGAAGGUGUAUUCUUUGUUUCUAAAUGUACAGUUUGUCAAGAGAUUGUCAUAUUGUUUUGUCCAUUUUUGUAUACGAUACAAAAUAGAAUUUGUGCAAAAUUUA